AUGCGUUCCGCCACCCUCUUCGUUACCCUCUCCGCGGUCCUCUUCUUCUUCUUCUUCGUUGCCUCUGCCUCGUCAGACGACCCUCUCAGGGGCGUGUUCGCCGACUGGAUGAGGACCCACGCCAAGUCGUACUCCAACGAGGAGUUCGUCUUCCGCUGGAACGUGUGGCGCGAGAACCACCGCUUCAUCGAGGAGCACAACCGCCAGAACCACAGCUACCACCUCGCCAUGAACCAGUUUGGCGAUCUCACCGCUGACGAGUUCCGUACGAUCUACACCGCUCCCGCUUCUGACUCCGAUGCUGCUCCGACCCCGAAGGAGGACAAUGCCACCUCCGAGGCUGCUGCCGCCCCUGCCCACGCCCGUCGCCACCCCGCGAGCCUCGACUGGAGGACGUGGGGUGGUGUACAGGCUGUCAAAAACGAGGGUUCAUGUGGCGCUUCCUAUGCGUUCUCCGCCGUUGGUGCCCUCGAAACUGCCUACUGGCGCGCGCACAACACUCUCCCCGACCUUUCCGAGCAGCAGAUCGUCGACUGCACACGCGAGUACGGCAACGGUGGCUGCGGUGGAUCAACGGUCACCACUCUGCCUCCUCCUCCUUCUCCUGGUGGUGGUUGGAUGCACACCGCCUACAAGUGGCUACAAGAGAAGGGUGGCGCGGUCUCCCAGGCCAACUAUCCCUACACGGGGCGCGUCGGUGCCUGCCGGAGCGGUUCCAUGCCGAAAGUUGCACAGGUUGCCAGAUACGUCAGAAUACCAGCAGGCAACGAGAAGGCUCUCCUCGAUGCAAUUGCCACGACCGGGACCGUCUCCGUUGCCUUCAACGCCGGGACCCAACAAUUCUCGUACUACUCGGGCGGCAUCCUCGACGUGGCCAACUGUGGGAACCUACCCACCCUCGCCGUACUUCUCAUCGGCUAUGGUACAGAGAAUGGCAAGGACUUUUGGAUCCUCAAGAACUCGUGGGGUCCUGCUUGGGGCGAACAGGGCUACUUCAGGCUGGCGCGCGGCAAGAACAUGUGCGGGAUCGCUGACUGGGCCUCCUAUCCUUUCACCGCCUAA